CCCUCCCCUCCCCUCGUACCUUUCCCGGCUCACCCACAGUGAAGUCGUCUUCUUUCUCCGCUAUUUCCUCCUCCCAUCCCCUCCUCUCUUCGUCCCUUCAUCUAUUGCCUUCCCGCACUACCCCGCAGUAAGUCUCUCCUCACGGCCGUUUUCUUUCUCCGCUAUUCCUUCUCCAAUCCUCUCCUCUCUUCGUCCCCUCCCCUCUUCCCUUCCCAGACCCACCCAACAGUAAGACUCUCCUCUCGGUUUUCAAUAAUGGACGCAAUCACCGACGAAGCAACCUUAGAUCCUUUCAAGAUUGGCCCCUCUUCCAUCAUCGGCCGCACCAUUGCCCUCCGCGUUUUGUUCUGCAAGUCAAUCUCUCAGCUCCGAAGCAGUUUGUCGCUUCUUCUCCGCCGUGCCAUCGGCUUCCUACACCCGCGCAACACUCGGGGGAUUCUCGCUGCAAUGAUGCUGAUGGCUUUUCUUCUCCGGCGCGGCACCAAUGUGCGAUCGCGGGCUGAAUCGGCUUACCGGCGCAAGUUCUGGAGAAAUAUUACGCGUUCGGCUGUGACAUACGAAGAGUGGGCGCACGCCGCACGGAUGCUUGACAGGGAGAAUGCGGCAAGAGGUGCGAGCGAGUUUGAUUUCUAUGACGAGGAGAUCGUGCGGAAUAAGCUGCAGGAGCUGCGCCAUAGGAGGGAGGAGGGGUCGUUGAGGGAUAUUGUGUUUUGCAUGAGGGCGGAUUUGCUUAGGAAUUUGGGUAAUAUGUGUAAUCCCGAGCUCCACAAGGGUAGACUCCAGAUUCCCAAAUUAAUUAAGGAAUACAUUGAUGAAGUCUCAACCCAACUGAAAAUGGUAUGCAACUCUGAUUCCGAGGAGUUGCUCUUAGAAGAGAAACUUACUUUCAUGCAUGAGACAAGGCAUUCCUUUGGCAGAACAGCACUUCUGUUGAGUGGGGGUGCUUCUUUAGGUGCUUUCCAUGUAGGUGUAGUGAAAACAUUAGUUGAGCACAAGCUUUUACCCCGCAUAAUUGCUGGGUCUAGUGUAGGUUCCAUCGUUUGUGCUAUCGUUGCAACGCGGUCUUGGCCUGAGCUUGAGAGUUUCUUCGAGGACUCUUGGCAUUCACUUCAGUUCUUUGAUCAGAUGGGUGGAAUUUUCACAGUGGUUAAGAGGGUGAUGACACAUGGAGCGGUUCUUGAAAUAAGACAGCGGAGACAUCUUACCAGCAAUUUAACUUUCCAGGAGGCUUAUGAUGUUACAGGCCGUAUACUAGGCAUCACAGUUUGCUCCCCAAGGAAGCACGAACCCCCACGAUGUCUUAACUACUUGACUUCCCCGCAUGUUGUUAUAUGGAGUGCAGUGACUGCAUCUUGUGCUUUCCCGGGUCUAUUUGAAGCUCAGGAGUUGAUGGCAAAGGAUAGAUUUGGAGAGAUUGUACCUUUUCAUGCACCCUUUUCAGGGGGACUGGAGCAGUUGUCAGGAGCUUCUACUCGGCGAUGGAGGGAUGGAAGCUUGGAAAGUGAUUUACCUACGUUGCAGUUGAAGGAGUUAUUCAAUGUCAAUCAUUUUAUUGUUAGCCAAGCCAAUCCUCAUAUAGCACCGCUGUUGAGGUUAAAGGAACUUGUGAGAGCUUAUGGAGGCAAUUUUGCAGCUAAGCUUGCUCAUCUUGCUGAGAUGGAGAUUAAGCACAGAUGCAAUCAAAUUCUUGAACUCGGGUUUCCUCUGGGAGGCCUAGCAAAAUUGUUUGCCCAAGAAUGGGAAGGUGAUGUGACUAUUGUCAUGCCUGCUACACUGGCUCAGUAUUCAAAAAUCAUACAAAAUCCAUCUUACGUGGAGCUCCAAAAGGCUGUCAACCAAGGCCGAAGGUGCACCUGGGAGAAGCUGUCUGCCAUAAAGGCCAAUUGUGCUAUAGAACUUGCAUUGGAUGAAUGUGUUGCCCUUCUCAACCACAUGCGUAGGCUCAAGAGGAGCGUUGAGAGGGCCGCCUCUUCUCAUGGGCUUGCAAGCACUGUAAAAUUGAGUGCUUCAAGAAGGAUUCCAUCAUGGAAUUGUAUUGCUAGAGAAAACUCAUCCGGGUCACUGGACGAAGAAACUCUUGCUGACCCCAGUACUUCAAAACAUCAGAGCCAUGUUACUGGCUCCUUAAGCAGUAGCCAUAGCCAAAUUAUUAUACAUGAUGUGAGUGAUAGUGAAUCAGAAAGCAUAGACCUUAAUUCAUGGACAAGAAGUGGAGGACCAUUAAUGAGAACUGCCUCGGCAAACAAAUUUAUCAACUUCAUGCAAAAUCUGGAAACUGACUCGGAGUUCAUUAGUUCACAGAGGGAUGAUGAAGUUGAUGGUUCAGCUGCACAGUCCAGUACCAUUGGGACUCAGCCGGAAAGAAGAGAUUCUUUGUAUAACAACUCUAGAGUUUCUACUGAUAGAAGUUUGGUGAACUCCGACUCGUGUUCUCAAGAAUCAGUCGGUAGGCUUCCAAUUGCUUCCACCAGAAUCCUAGUUAAUGAAGGUGAUUUGUUGCAGCCUGAAAGGAUUCAAAACGGCAUUGUACUGAGUAUAGUGAGGAGGAAUGAUUUGAGUUUCGCACAAAGAGGCACUGAUUCUGAACAGCCGCAAAGCUCAUCUACAGAAGCUGAUUCUGAGGAAAUGCAGAUCGAAAAUUGUGAUGCCAGUUCUACUUCUGAUUAUGGAGAUGCUGAUGGUGAAAGUUGAACUCUUAUAAGCAGUGCUUCCGAUCACAAUGAUAGUUAAGGCUCAUCUGUGGGCUCAUUUUUCGCCUACUAAAGUGCAUGAUCGAGAUAAUUUGAGCAUACUUUCGACGGAGUCUUUCUUUCCUGCAACCUUUUUACUUCCCUCUUUUUCCAGCUUUUAGAGAAUUCCGCAAAUUGAGUUCUCCAAUCAAAGCGUAAGACACUCAUAACUUUGUCACCUGAUGAAUAUUGCUUUGAUGUAACCCAUGUAAUUCUGUACAUCUAAUUUUGUAUAUUGUAGACAAAAAAGCAUGCUUAUUUUCAGGGAUUUGAAGAAAGAAUUUUCAGUGAUUUCAAUUGUGUUAUCGAAGUUUUGCUAUGAGUAGAAUA